AUGUCGCUUGCCGAGAUGGAUGCACAACAACACCUUGCCGUUCUUGGUUUGUCAAAAUGCAGUGAAAAUGACACCCUUGACAGGCUGCUGGCCGGAGCAGAACGGGGACCAUCUGUAGACCUCAAUGAUUGGGGUGAUGGGUGCGAUUUGUGCGUUGAUGCGCCUUCCCAACCGUCGCCCGCGGCCCGCGCAGCCCCAGUCAUGGAGGACAAGAGCGAACCGAAACGUUUAAAACGGAAAAGGACGUCGACUUUGGAUGCGGAAGAAGACGAGUUCCGUUCGAAAGCAACCGCGGAGUCACGGGCUUUCCGCGGCCAAUUUCCGGCUUUUGCGGAUGCCCCCUUGAAAAACAAAAACAUACCACCUUCUUCUUCACUUUCCACGGUGUUUGAAGCGGAUAAGGCGUGCGUGGAUGCCGAAUCGCUGCCUCCUUUAAAUGAACUUGUGCAUAGCAAGUUGCUGCGGCCGCUAACUGAGUGUCUUCACAUAACAUCCCUAACGUGCAUUCAAAAGCAGAGCUGGACACCCAUGGUUGACAGGACGCGUGAUGUUCUUCUACGGAGCGAAACGGGGAGUGGGAAGACGCUGGCGUAUGCUCUUCCUCUGCUCCAUCAGUUGCUGUGUGAGUGUGAUGCGCGACCAAUUCAGCGUCAGAUUGGAAGUAUUAUUAUUGUGCUUUGCCCCACUCGAGAGCUGGUUGUGCAGGUGACAGAUGUGCUUAGUGUUCUCGCUCGAUGUGCGCUGUUUUUGACGGUGGGUGGUAUUCACGGUGGUGAAAAUCGGCACAAGGAAAAGGCAAGACUGCGUAAGGGGGUUCCCCUCUUGAUAGCGACACCCGGGAGACUUCUUGAUCAUCUCAGGGCGACCGUGUCUUUCUGCGUUGCCUCAACGCAGACAAUUGUCCUUGAUGAGGCUGAUCGAUUACUGGAUAUGGGGUUUGAGCGGGCUAUAAAGGAGAUUAUGGGGCUAUUAUUGGAGAAGACAGAGAACUCAGCUUGUUCAUGUGAUGAAAUAUUUACAGAGACAAGGGAAAAAUAUACUCUCAAGCGCGUUUUGGUAUCGGCAACGAUAACUGCUGAGGUUGAGAGGCUUUCACAUUUUGCGCUUCGCAGCAACGUUGUUCGUGUAGGUGAGACAGAGGAUACCUUCUCCAUCCCUUCCUCACUUCGCCAGCACUACGCAUUGGUACCGAUUAAGCAUCGACUCUCAACCCUCAUUGGCUUUCUUCGCUCCCAAAUUGAUGCUGGUGCUCAAAGAAUUAUUGUUUUUGUCUCCACCGCUGAUAGCGCAGAAUUUCAUUACCGUUUGCUAUCACGCCUACAAUCCCCUUUUUGCGACAGGAGAAAAGAAGUUUUAUUUAAAGGUGCAUCCAAGCAAAAUGCUCGCCAAUACGGUGUGAAGCGGCGGGUAGAGGAGGCCAACAGACAUGUACAAAACCAGAGCGAGGCCAUUGUCACCUUUGAGGAUGAUUCGGGCAGUGAGGAUGAUAAUGAUGAGGGGCAGACGCUCUCAGGUAGAAACGCUCUUCUUGAUGUCAACAUAUUGAAGUUGCAUGGCAACAUGUCGCAGGUUGACCGGGCCUCUGUUUUUAAAGCCUUCAAACACGUCGGUGGAGCUGCUCGGCGUUCUCUAAAGGGUGUCCUGUUCUGUACAGAUGUGGCUGCCCGAGGAUUGGAUAUGCCACGAGUGGACUGGAUUGUGCAUUACGAUCCUCCGACAGAUCCAGCGUGUUACGUUCAUCGUAUUGGACGCACCGCUCGCAUUGGCAACGUUGGGGACUCUCUGCUGUUCCUCAUGCCACACGAGGCAGGAUACGUCCCAUACUUAAGUAAAUUUAUUGCGAAGGAGAGCGGGAGCUCUUUUACGGGAAAUGAGGCGGCAGCAGUAGUGGCAACAAUGGAAAAGAGGAAUUACGAGUCGUUUCUUUAUUACCUGGCAAAGUUGGAUCCAAAAUCGAACCACAUUUGGAUGCAAAGUACGGCUACUCUCGAGCGCGCCAUCAGUCGACUUGUCAUGAAUCGAGAGGAACCUGUAAAUGAGUUGCCCGCUGGAGAUGCGAGCCGAAACGAUGAUCUCACUCGACUUGCACUGUUCGCAUACCAGUCUUACAUACGAGCUUACGCAGGGCACUCCCGAGAGCUUAAAACUCGAUUUUUUAAUUUGGAUAUGCUUCACCUUGGCCACAUUGCACACAGUUUUGGUCUUGACAAGAGACCCAGUGAAGUUCGGGCACAGCUGCAGAAUCUUAUUAUGGAGGACAGGAAGAUCGCGAGAGAGGCGUCUUCUCUCAACACACAAGAGAGGGUAAGAGGGUGUGAUGGCUCUCGAGUUCGCAGGAGACUUCAGGUGGAAGUACGUCAUGAUGAUCGGUACCGAAGUAUGAUUGUGCAGAAGCAGCGCAAGGUGACGCGUGACUGGUUUCAAGGGAAGAAAGACGGGGUACCGAAAAAUAAAACUCUUCAAUUUACGGAAUUUGACGCGUAA